CCUCUCCUCCGCAUUCACAGAGCUGCCACGCCGAAGAGGCGGACCUAAGUCUACACCUCGGAGAGUGGUGGGGGCAGAUCUCUCUCCCCUUUCCCGUGAUACUUACGGCAUCCCAACGCUUGAGAGGCACGGGCCGGUAGGAAGCAUCCCAGCGCAUUUCUGGAGGAAUUCUUUCCGCGGGAUUCUUAGAAGCGGGGCUUCCUAACAGCCGACCUCCGCAGGGGCGUGCGUCUCUCAGUACUUCUCCAUCCUUGCGUUCACUACCAGACAUGGAAGAUGGUCCGCCUUCAACAAGCUGUUUCAGAAGGUUAACGGACUGUUUUCUGGGUGCAAGUGUGACAGAUGAGAAGGUGAAGGCCUACCUCACCCUGCACCCCCAGAUGCUGGAUGACUUUGUGCUGGAGAGCGUGAGCCCCGAGACUCUGGCCCGCUGGCUGAAGAACAAGACGAGCAGCAGGCCUGCAGAUGACACGUCAGUUAAGGAAGUCAGCAGGCAGUACCAAGACAGUAACAUGCAGGGCGUGGUGUACGAGCUGAACAGCUGCAUGGAGCAGAGGCUGGAUCUGGGGGGUGACAACAAGCUGCUGCUCUACGAGCUCUGCAACAUCAUCAAGACAGCCACGAAAGCAGACGGAUUUGCACUGUACUUCUUAGCAGAAGGCAACAAUAGUUUGUGUGUGUUGAUCCCUACGGGGGCCAGCGGCGCCCCCAGCCUCGUCCCCUCAGGCCCCGUCACGCUGGGGACCACCAUCGCCGCCCACGUGGCCAAGACGCACAAAACCCUCCUGGUGGAAGACAUCACAGGGGACGAGCGUUUCCCCGAAGGCACAGGGCAGCACUCAGGGACAUCAGCUCACUCGGUCCUGUGCCUCCCCAUCCUCACGGCCAACGGUGACCUCCUCGCCAUCCUGCAGCUCCACCGCCUGCAUGGACGCAAGCCCUUCAGCCUCAGUCACCAGGAGGUUGCAACAGCCAACCUCGCCUGGGCCUCCGUAGCAAUACACCAAGUCCAGGUGUGUCGAGGCCUGGCCAAGCAGACCGAGCUCAAUGACUUCCUGUUAGACGUGUCAAAAACAUAUUUUGACAACAUUGUGGCAAUAGAUUCUCUACUUGAACACAUUAUGAUAUAUGCAAAGAACCUGGUGAAUGCAGACCGUUGCGCCCUGUUCCAGGUGGACCACAACAACAAAGAACUGUACUCAGACCUGUUCGACAUUGGGGAGGAGAACGAAGGCAAACCUGUCUUUAGGAAGACCAAAGAAAUCAGGUUUUCUAUAGAUAAAGGCAUUGCGGGCCAGGUGGCCAGGACAGGGGAGGUACUAAACAUCCCAGAUGCCUAUGCAGACCCACGCUUCAACAGAGAAGUGGACCUCUAUACAGGCUACACCACCAGGAACAUCCUGUGCAUGCCCAUCGUCAGCAGAGGGACUGUGAUCGGUGUGGUCCAGAUGGUCAACAAGCUGAGCGGAAGUGCCUUCACUAAAACAGACGAGAACAACUUCAAGAUGUUCGCCGUCUUCUGUGCUCUGGCCUUACACUGUGCCAAUAUGUACCACCGUAUCCGGCACUCCGAGUGUAUCUACCGGGUGACGAUGGAGAAGCUGUCCUAUCACAGCAUCUGCACCUCAGAGGAAUGGAAGACCCUCACUCAGCUCAACCUGCCCACACCCAUCUACAAGGAGAUAGAAAUGUUCUACUUUGACAUCAGUCCCUUUGAAGAGAUCUGGCCGGCUGUUUUUGUCUACAUGGUGCACAGCUCAUGUGGAAAGACCAGCUUUGAGCUGGAGAAGCUGUGUCGCUUCACCAUGUCAGUGAGGAAGAACUACCGCAGGGUCCCGUAUCACAACUGGAAACAUGCCGUGACCGUGGUUCACUGCAUGUACGCCAUCCUGCAGAAGAUCACCGGAGUGUUCACUGAGCUGGAGAAGAAGGGUCUUCUGAUCGCAUGUCUGUGUCAUGACCUGGAUCACCGUGGUUACAGCAACACAUACCUGCAGAAGUUCGACCAUCCUCUGGCAGCCCUCUACUCCUCCUCCACCAUGGAGCAACACCACUUCUCACAGACUGUCUCAAUACUACAGCUGGAAGGGCACAAUAUUUUCUCCAACCUGACUUCCACUGAGUACGAGCAGGUUCUGGAGAUCAUCCGCAAGGCUAUCAUCGCCACCGACCUGGCACUCUACUUCGGCAACCGCAAACAGCUGGCCGAGCUGCUGACCACAGGAAGUCUGGACCUCAGCAACCACAUACACAGGGACCGUGUGAUUGGUCUGAUGAUGACAGCAUGUGACCUGUGUUCCGUUACCAAGCUGUGGCCAAUCACACGCCUCACGGCCAAUGACAUCUACGCCGAGUUUUGGGCUGAGGGAGAUGAGAUGAAGAAGAUUGGGACACAGCCCAUUCCCAUGAUGGACAGGGAUAAGAAGGAUGAGGUACCACAAGGCCAGGUGGGCUUCUACAAUGCGGUGGCCAUCCCAUGCUACACAACCCUGUCAGAGCUCUUCCCCCCAUCCAGCCCGCUGUUGGGAGCCUGCAGGGAGAAUCUUAACCAGUGGGAGAAGAUUGUGCGAGGAGAAGAAGAGGACUUGGUUUGGACUCCUGCGGCGCCUAGCGGGGUUGAGCCAAGCGAGGAAGCAGAUUCAGGCCCUGUCAAGGUGGACAACUGACUGGAGGAAAGGCAAUGUGCCCACAGCACAACACCCUCCCGACUGCCUGCAACCCUGGACCACCUGGGCCAAUGUUACAUUUCCUGUGGAAACAGGAAGAGGCAGAAAGUAGGCGGGAUGGAGACUCACAAGAGGGUUUUUACAAACACAGUUACCUCAUUGGGUGACAGAGGUGUCAACACUGACGGUUUGACCAAUCCCGAGAGAGAUGGACAGCUAAUGGAGCGGGACUUGGACGUCAACCAAGUCCUCUGCUCGGGACGGAAGAGGCAGAACGCGUCUGUCUACACUUACUGUUAGCUGUUGUACUUGUCUGUUUCUGAUUUUACUUCACGUUUAAUUUGACUUUAGCUGUCGUUGUUGUUAUGGUCGUAUAUUUUCAGAGGCCUUAGGCUCUGGACCAAACAGGCCAGGCUCUGUGAAGGCCUAACUGUUCGGUACGGUUUGCCCUCUGUGGUAGACUUAUCGCACACAAAACUACUUCUGAGAGGUUUCACACAGAGACAGAAGGAAUGUAUAGUAUAGCUGCAUGUUAGUUCUUUCAAGGCUAUCUUUUAAUUAAGGUGGAUUGCAAGAAUGUUUUCUGUUACUUAGAGCAAAAGUAAGGUUUUGCAGUACUUGAAUGAAGACAUACAGCCUGUUCCAUUUUGAGGUUUGCAGAAAUCCCUCCCAGCAUAUUGUGUGAAGCACAGGCGGUGCAUGACGAAAUGAUAGAGAUAAUGUCCACACUUAUCUAGAGUCACAGGAGAUUCCCACGAGAUGCAGUGCCCACCCACCACCAGCUGCACCACCCCACGCUCCAGAGCUCUGGCCUUGGGCAUCGAGUGACUUUCCAGGGGUUAGUUAUGCUAUGCUGGGGAUCUGAAUACGCCCUAGCAGCUAAACCUAACCUUUAGCUAGCACACUAGGCUAGCAGAAGCUAAACCUAACUUUCAGUUAGCAGACUAGGCAUAACGGCCUAACACUUACCUUUAUCUAGCAUACUACACUGCAUAAGCUAAAACUAGAUUUCAGUUAACAGAAUAGGCUAGCAGACGCUAAACCAAAAACAGAUGUACUCUUGGGUACAAAUAAAGAAACCUUGAAUAAAACCUUUAGCUAGCAGACUAGACUAGCAGAAGGUAACCCUAACCUUUGGCUAGCAGACUGGCCGAAGGAAAUCCUGAACUUCAGCAGACUAGACUAGCAGAAGGAAACUCUGAACUUUAACUAGCAGACUAGGCUAGUUUAAGGUACACCUAUUCCCCAGUUAGCAGAUUAGGCUAGUUGAAGGUAACAUGAACCCUCAGUUAGCAGACUAGGGUAGCAGAAGCUAACCUCAACCUCCAGCCAGCAGAAGCUAAACCUAUAUCUGCGUAGGACAGCAGAAGUUAAAUCGUAUCAUGCUUUCAGUUCCAUCAGCACAGAAUUUAAACCUCAGUUUAUAAGCGGUUUUAGCUAAUUUAAGAACUUUUUUGCCUCAGUUUCUAACUUACAUUACAUUUUACAUUUAAAUAAGACUGAAAGGAAAUGCUAUUAAACCUGAUCUUGAUAGAUUAGGGACUACAUUGAAUGAUUUAGAAGGAUCCCAGAGAGAGCUAUUUCAUGAGCUUUGCUGGCAACAGGAAACAUGUUGAGUUGUUUUGAAAUCCUGAUAUGAGAUUCAUAUUGAAUAUCUCCCUCCUCUAUAAUGUCAGGCACCUUGAUUUUUGUAGAAUGAGACUGUGAUUUAGUCUGUCAUCUGUGUAUGUUCAAGGCUGUUAUGUAUUGAAGCGACAUUCCAAGAAAGAACUUCCUGCUAAAAUAAUUUCUUUGGCCCCAAAGUUGUGAAUGUAAAAUGAAAUAAUGAUGAAUGUGAUGUAAGCGGGGUUCGUGUGUCGAGUUUGCAAUCAGGUUCAGAUUUCUGUUCCGUUCUGCUUAGUUUUACAACUCAGAACCGCUUCCAACAGUAGCAUGUUCUUAACCUCGCCUGCGUAUGUGAUGUGGCCUAUCGGCCCAAACAAACACAAGGUGUGUCCUGUCUAUACUUUAGUAACUUAGUAGGACAGAGCCUGUGGCCUGCUCUGAUGGUGCUAGCAGCAGUCAUGCACUUUAUGACUGUGUGAGUGUGGGAGAGCUUCAGACCACCCCUACAGCCAGCUCCUCAACCCUACACCCAGCUCCCUCCACCCAUGUCCUUAACCCUCCACUCACCUCCCCUCCACCCUGCUCCCCGGUCCAGCUCCCCACCCCUACACCCAGCUCCUCAACCC